CUCUCUUCCCCAGCUUGACUUUGCAUGAGAGUGGAAACCUGCGUGGAUUUGAGGAGACGCCAGCCGAGGGGAGCGUGGUUGCUUAAUAUUCGAGACGAGGACAUGGGCUCCGUUUCCAACCAGGACUUCCCAGGGGUGUGCAAGGCCGACGAGAACUCGGGCCCCAGCAUCACGGAGGAGGUGGAGGACUCCACGCAGUCCUUCCACGGCCUCGGCGUGUGUAAGUGGUUCAACGUGCGGAUGGGUUUCGGCUUCCUGUCCAUGACCAGCCGGGAGGGCGUGCAGUUGGAGGAGCCGGUGGACGUGUUCGUGCACCAGAGCAAGUUGCACAUGGAUGGCUUCCGCAGUCUGAAAGAAGGUGAAGCCGUGGAGUUUACCUUCAAGAAAUCCUCAAAGGGUCUGGAAUCGCAGCGGGUCACGGGUCCCGGCGGCGUCCACUGUGUGGGCAGCGAACGCCGACCUAAAGGCAAGAAAGUCCAGAAGCGACGCUCGAAAGGAGAUCGGUGCUACAACUGCGGCGGCCUGGACCACCACGCUAAGGAGUGCAAGUUGCCACCUCAGCCCAAAAAGUGCCAUUUCUGCCAGAGCAUUGAUCACAUGGUGGCCAACUGUCCAAUCAAAGCACAGCAAUCCUCGCCGGGUUCUCAGGGAAAUCCUUCGUCCUUGAAGGGAGACGAGGAGGAGCACGGACGCUCUUCUGCACCUCCGCCUGUGCCUCCUCAGGAGCCCUCUGAUUAGCCGGUCGGUGACGGGGAGGUGACGGGUAGCACGGAGGCCAAUCAAACUGCUUUAACGGAGAAGAAGGAGGCCUGAAGCUUCUUUUUGGAACUACCUCAGGUUGAAAAAUAUUCUCAUUGAAUGCUGCAGAUUUUGUUAUUGAUUACACUCAGGAAUUCCGCUGUUUUAUUGCACUCAUUCCAAUUGUGAGAAUCGGUGCUGUUCUUGGAUGAAGAGGACCACCACCAUCAUGAUAAAUCACUCUUUUUUUUAAUUUUUGGCCUCUUAUUAGGCAGCUCUACCUCUUUUUUUUACUUUUUUUAAAACUCAGGUCAUCACAUCGCACACUUUAGCUGCCUUACUUUCCUGAUGAGCGAUGUGACAGUGGGUGGGGUUCCGGGGUGGGAAGGGUUUAGGGCGUUAGGAUUACUACAGUGCCACUAUUGACGGCCACGUUGAAUGUCAAAAUCGGUGAUCAUUUUUUUGUGAUCAUUUUUUUGCUUUUAAAUCAUGGUGGCAUUAUGCUACACUAUCAGUACUAAUCAUCCUAACCACACAUGAUUCAUAGAGAUUUAAUCACAUGCUAAUCCCAGCAUUAAUCCACAGCUGUCCUCCCAAAACAGCGGAUGUCCCCAUUUUUUUUAUUUUUUCCCCUCCCCUCUCAGCUCCCUUUGAGGAAUAGUUCUAGAACCCUCGGGAACAAGCCUGAGCAGAGCAGACCUGUAGACCUACCUAGCUAAAUGGUGUCAUACUCCCGUUUUACAGGAGACGGCGGCGCCUAAUUAAUAUAUACUGUAUGUAAAGUUAUGCUUUUUUUUCUUUUUGGAAAAGAGAGAGAAUGCUAUGUAUUUAUUUUCAUCCCAGAUGUGAUGCAGCUUCUCAGCCUCAUAUUACUCAUUUUAACCUUACAGUUCACCAUAGUAGACAUUAGGGACGGGCGUAGUCAUUGAUUUCUGUGUGUCCAAAGUGCGACCCAGGGGCCAUUUGUGGCCUGCCAUUGUUUUGUUUUUUUAUUUGCCCUUGGCAUACUAGAUUAAAAUGAAAUCCUUAUGAAUUAUAUUUUAGAUAUUACACCCAUUUGCUUUGUCACCAACGACACAGACUGCUUUAGUUGUAGCACCUAUAAUAUACAGUAUCGGUUGCACGGUGAUUGAGUGGUUAGCAUGCAGGCCACACAGCAAGAAAACCAGAGUUUGAUUCAAACCCUGACAGUUCUCAUCGUGCAUGCGUGGGUUUUCUCCCACAUUCCAAAAACAUGCUAGGUUAAUCGGCGACUCCAAAUUGUCCAUAGGUAUGAAUGUGAGUGUGAAUGGUUGUUUGUCUAUAUGUGCCCUGUGAUUGGCUGGCGACCAGUCCAGGGUGUACCCCGCCUCUCGCCCGAAGACCCCUGCCCCAACCCUUGUGAGGAUAAGCAGUAGAAAAUGAAUGAAUGAAUGUAUAUUAUGGUCAGCUGGGAUAGGCUCCAGCAUACCCCUAUAAUAAGUAGUAUAGAAAAUGGAUCACAAAAACAAAAUGGAAGUUCAGGAUAACACAACAAUCUAUUUAUUGACACCCCCCCAUAGGCCUUUUUCCAUCGAGGGCCUCAUGUAGAAAAAUCAAAACAUGCUUUGACAUUCUUUACUAUGCUAAACAGUAGUUUGGGUAUAUGCUAUUUGAAGAAAACACUAACAUCUCAGCUUCAUGUAAUAGGGUGAGAAAGCAAAUGAAUGUGAUAUAGAAUAAUACAGUAUAUUGCAUUAAUAAUGAAUUAAUUUUACUUUUACAAUGUGUUAAGGGCCAUUGGAAAAAAUGACCUCCACUUUGGACACUCGGUCCAAGGAAAUGUCAUCAAAUCUCUUGUAAAAUACAGUAUGUCAUAGGAUUUUUAUUAAUUUUUAACGCUUCUAUCUAUGCCAAAAAAAAACAAUGCAAUGUUACUCUGCACUAAUCAUGUGUAAGAUGCAUUAAUGUCUUCUGAGAAACUUCCUUUUUAUGUGUUAUUUUUUUUUACUUUUAACAUUCAGUAUCAUUCCUCUUCUCUCAGGAAAAUGGUGUAAACUCAGGGAUUUCAGCCAUUUCUCCCCCUUUUUUUGUCCUGAUUUGACAUGCCACGCCAUGAAAGAUAAUGUUCCGCUGUUGUUCUGUUCCUCUAUAAUGCUGGUAGAUGGGGAUGUAGUAGAAUAAGAAGGGAUGCAGGGUGGGGCUGAUAGUGAAAUCAUCUCUCUCGAAACAUGGCCAACGAUUGGUGUUCCAGACUAUCAAUGCUUAUGACAAAUAGAAUGUUGUCACUCACACACAUACACACACACACACACAUAUAUAUACACACAGUCACUGUACGUUGUGAAGGCAAAGUGGAAGUGCUUUCUGUUGAUUUAGAAACUGUAUUGUGAUGUUUGCUCUAUGAUGUCAUCAAACCCCUUCAAUGACGUGUUUUGGUGAUUUAAUAUUUCUAAGAUUCUCAGGGUAACUCUUCUUCUUUUGUUUUUUUUUUUUACUUAUUUUAUCUUUGUGACACAUCAGCCAUUUCAUUACCGUAGUUGUUUGUGUUUUAUCUAAUCGGGUGAAUGGCUCUAGAGCCCCAAAAACAAAAAUUGUUUAAAAAGAUGAAAGAUGUGCAUUUAUGAUGAAUGUAUGGAUGUUUACCAUAAAAAGAUGAUCUUGACUUUGUCAGGCGAUGAGCAGCAUGUAUCAAGUAUCACUGCCAUGAUGU